AGUGAAAGGGACCUUGCCAUAGCGCCUUCCUAAGAAGCAUCAUAGAAGGGGGUAUCAUAUAUAAAGAUCAUGGCGCUCUGUGUUUAUCAUAGUCACACAAAACUUCCUAGUGCCUUACAGGUAGAGGUUGUUCAAGAUAGUAAUUAUGAGGGCUUUGUUGUUCGUUUCUUUCGUUGUAGCAGCAGCAUCUGCUGGAUAUGCUCCCUACUACCACGGCCAGGCUGUGAUUGGCCCAGACGGUCACCCUGUGGAGACUCCAGAGGUUCAGCACGCCAAAGCAGCCCACUUUGCUUCUCAUAUCGAAGCUCGUAGUCGCGUCCAUGGAGUUCCAUACGUACCAACAGCACAUUACGGAAUUGCCCCUGGUAUCUCCCACGAUGGUCGUCCAUUGGACACCCCUGAAGUAGCUGCUGCUAAAAUCCAACACUACCACGACUACGCUGUUGCUGCUCAAAGAAACGCUGUACCCGCUGGACAUGGCAUUUUGGGACAUUACGCUGUCGGCAGUCCAUACCCAAUUGACACCCCUGAGGUUCAACACGCUAAAGCUGCUCACUUCGCUGCUCAUGCCCAAGCUGCUGCCCGUGCUCAUGGCCUUGUACACUACAGACGUCGCAGAGGAAUCUACGCCUAUCCCCAGCACAUUCCAGUCAUUGACCAUAAUGGUGUUCCAGUAGAAACCCCAGAGGUUCAAGCUGCCAAAGCUUUCCAUCUUGCCAAGCAUGCCGAAGCUUCUGCCAGGUCUGGACACUACGCUUACGCCCCACAAGUGCACUCUAUCGGGUACCCAGCUAGUUUACCAAUCAUUGCUCACAAUGGAGUACCUUUGGACACCCCCGAAGUUGCCGCUGCUAAGGCUCACCAUUUCGCCGCCCACCAUGAAGCUGCUGCCAAAGUAGGAGCCGUAUCUCCUCUUCUCUACGCCGCUUCAUACCAUCUUGGAGGCGCUGUGAUUGGACCCGAUGGUCGCCCAGUAGAAACACCUGAAGUUCAACACGCUAAAGCUGCACACUUUGCCGCACAUGCUGCUGCUCGCCACCAUUAUUUGUUCAUCUCCUGUGCUUUGGCAGUAGCCUCCGCUUCAGUUUUGGGGCCAGAUGGUCACCCAUUGGAAACACCUGAAGUCCAGCACGCAAGAGCUGCCCACUACGCCGCCCAUGCCAGGGCUUUGGGCCAUAUCGGUUAUACCGUUCCUGUAGCACCCUUGGCUCAUUACGGAGUUGCCCCAGGAGUUGUAUCUCUCGAUGGACACCCAUUGGACACACCUGAAGUAGCUGCCGCUAAAAUCCAACACUACCAUGACUACGCUGUUGCUGCCCAAAGAAACGCUGUACCUCUUGGACACGGUUUGGUCUACAGUCACCCAAUUGCUGCUGGACACUUGGCUGUUGUUGGCGCUCACCCCAUCGACACCCCCGAGGUUCAACACGCUAAAGCUGCCCAUUUUGCUGCCCAUGCUGAAGCUGCUGCCCGUGCUCACGGUCUCGUCCACUACAGACGUCGCAGAGGAAUCCUUGCCUAUCCCCAACACAUCCCAGUCAUCGAUCACAAUGGUGUACCAGUAGAAACCCCAGAAGUCCAAGCUGCUAAAGCUUUCCAUCUCGCCAAACACGCUGAAGUUGCUGCCAGAUCUGGUCACUAUGUCCAUGCUCCAGUCGAUGUCUACUCCACAGGAAUUGCCCCUCAAGCCAUCACCUACCUCAAUGCUGCCAGUCCACUCGCUAGAGUAGCUGUACACCCACGUUAUGUCUACGAAAAUGCCGCUGUUGUUGUAGGUCCUGAUGGUCAUUUGGUUGAUACCCCUGAAGUACAACAAGCUAGGGCUGAACAUUUGGCUGCACAUGCUGGAAUUCAUCAUUAUUGA